AUGACUAAUGGCCACAAUACAAUAGAUCUUUACUAUAUUGACAAGCAAGAUAUUGUCAACGUGGAUAAUGUCAAUAUCCGUGAAGCGAUACACGAAAGAUAUGACGGCGAGAUAAUUGUUUAUCAAAGUGAGUUUCGUCAACAUAAUAAUAAGGCUAAAAUCCAUUUCAAUUUGGCACAUUCGGCUAUGUCAAGUUGGGCUGUAAAUAUUGAUAUGAUAUGUGUGAUGGGAGGCAACCUGACGUUUGGCAUUUGGUUUCGGACCCCAACAUUUGCACAAAGUUCAAGACCCAUUGCAAACGGGUGCCCGCCACCAAACGUAUGGAUAGAGGUUUUCUAUGACAGAGAUCCAGAUCGUAGUCACGCUUUAUCUAAAUCAGCUUUAUUCGGGAAUACAUGA